AGGAGACCUACUACGAGAUUAGUCAAGCAGGUCUUUUCACUGCAACUGAGGUGUGGAGAGAGAGAGAGAGAGAGAGAGAGAGAGAGAGAGAGAGAGAGAGAGAGAGAGAGAGAGAGAGGGGAAAGGGGAGGGGUGUAUUGGGGGGUCACCUUUUGUGCAAAUAUAUCAACCAAGAAGACUACCACUAGCAUCAGAUUUCUCUCUGUGUGUGUGUGUGUGAGAGAGAGAGAGAUAGAGGGAGAGAGAGGCACUCCUUUGCAGAGAGAGAGAGAGAGAGAGAGAGAGAGAGAGAGAGAGAGAGAGACUGAGGGGAGUCCAGAAAGCUUUGGAGCAUUGAAAGAAGAAAGAAGACUUGCUGCUACCACAUUUCCAACCAUUUGUAACCAAAAAACAAAGUGAAUUCUCCUCCUUGAGAAACUUGGAGAAGCGGCCAUGGACAGGAUAACAUUCGGACGCACGUCGCUGCUGCUGUGCACCUUGCUGCUGUGGGCAUUUCAAGUAUGUAGUGGAAGCGUAACCGUAGAGGUGACUCCUAAAGUGGAAGUCCUAAAAGGAGAGACUGCCAAGCUGCCCUGCAAAUACACAGUGUCAUCACCAAGCAACACUGUUGUCGAAUGGUUCAUCGAGGAGCAGGAAACCAGGAAGCGUGUUGCUUUCCGCUCUCAGGGCGGUGUGGCACAAAGCGACGACGGCACUCCUCUGACCGGGAGAGUCACAAUCGGAGAGGACUCCACCUUGACCAUCUCGUCGGUUCAACCCUCAGACGAGCUCAACUUCUUCUGCCAGGUCACCGCUGGCUCUGCUGGGGUCGGGGAUGCCGCCACUAUGCUGCUUGUCUUCUUCGCCCCUGAGAAGCCAGAACUCACAAGGCCGUCAAGUCAGGCUAUUACUGCAGGAGAGACUACCAGCUCUGAGAUUGGUACCUGUGUGACCAAAAAUGGACAUCCACAGCCAAGGAUCAUCUGGUUUAAGGAUGGCCAGCCCCUGCCUGAGGUCAAAGACAGGAAAGAGAAGACCUACAUGAUCCCCUCUGUGGUUAAGGAGGCCUCAGGUCUCUUCACUAUCAAGAGCACCCUGUACAUGCAGCCAACCAAGGCGGACAAGGACUCUGUGUUCCAGUGCACCGUGGAGUUCAGCAUGCCGGGAGACCAGAUCAAACAGAAGAAGUCCGACACUAUCACCAUCAACCUCAACUAUCCCUCUGAGAAAGCGACCUUUUCCCUACUCAACACUGAUCCCGUCAAAGAGGGCGACACUGUAACCAUGAAGUGUGAGACCGAUGGAAACCCUCAGCCUGAGUUUGACUUCACAAAAGAUGGUAAAGCAGUCAGUGGUCAGGGGGGUGUCCUCACCCUAAAGUCCGUCAAACGCACGGACGGUGGCGUGUACGAGUGCACAGCCACAGAUUUCGAUAACCUGGAAGCUGACCUGUCUGGAACUAUCACCCUCACUGUUAACUACAUGGACCCAGUGAGCGUGACCCCUGCCCAGCCUCAGGUCGUCAUGCAUGGAGACAAGGUGGAGUGGCAGUGCAAGACCAAGGCCUCUGCUAAACACACCCUCCAAUGGAAAAAGGGCUCUGAGGUGCUCUCUCAGGACGGCAUGCUGUCAAUACAAGAUGUUUCCUAUGAUAACGCCGGAGAGUACAUGUGUGUUGGAGCCGUGCCAUCUGUACCAGGGCUGACAGAUCAGGCUAGUGUCAACCUCACUGUCAAAGGAAAGCCGAUGAUUGAGACCCCUGCUGCAGGAGAGGUGGGGAAGGAAGGAGACAUGGUGACUCUGAAGUGCUCAGCCUACGGCUCCCCCGCCCCUCAGUUUACCUGGAAGCCCUCAGGAAAGGAGUCCGUGACAGUGGAAGGUAACAAGGUGGUGAGCAUGGUGACCCUACAAGCCACACCCGAGGUCAUGAAGGACGGAGCGACCUGCGAGGCCUCCAACGAGCACGGAACAGAUAGCAAGACCUUCCUGGUAUCUCUCAAACGAGCUGACAAGCAGCAGGGAGGCUCCAGCGGGGUGGUGAUAGCCGUGGUGGUGUGUGUUCUGCUGCUCCUGCUGCUGGUGGCCCUCAUCUACUUCCUGAACAAGAAGAGCAAGCUGCCCUGCGGCAAGAAGGACAAGAAGGAAGUUGCCAGUGGAGAGGUGAACAACGACAUCGUGGUGGAAAUGAAGACGGACAAAGCCAAUGAAGAAGCCGGUCUCCUCAACAAGAGGCCGUCCACUGAACAGUGAUGAAACAAGAUGAUGAAAGAAACCGAUGGAGGGAUGAAGGGAAGGAGGAGUGCCGUUAUGAAGACAACAGGGCUAUUUUUUAUUUACUACACUAGACUGAAGGGGGACAACAAGAGGUGGAGCUUGGAAAUGGGUUCAUUUUGGGGGUGCAUGGUGUUUGGUAUUGGUUCUGCUUGUUUAUAACCAGUGUUAGACUUUUAUGGAUGGAGUUCCUUCCCUCUAACUUAAAGCUGGAGCUGCCAUUGAAGAUGAAACACCAUCCGUAUCUGCUAGCACAGGUUAAAAAUGUGACAUCACUGGAUUGCUAAUGUGAUCAUCUUUUUUAUUUUCACUCCUAACUCACCAAUCACAUCUCUGGUUGACUCCUCAGCAGAGAAGAGUAACAGUGAGGUGUGUAUAGCACUCUCCUAUACACAGUGGCAUAAUCUCUCUUAUCUACCCCAAAUCAAACACAAAAUGCCAUUAAGCCACAGUGUACCUCUGGAGAGUGUGUGUACAUGCAAGAGUAGCACUGAACCUCUACUCUGUCUGUGAGUCUGCACUUAAAUUCUGUGCUCUCUGCCGGGUAUAUUGGGAUAAAAUUAUCAGGCGUUGCCAUUCUGUUUUAUUCACAUCAAUGAAACGUGAUGAUUUACGCUCUCAACAUUUAAUCCCUCAGCAAACUGUUUGGCACACACUGCUGUAUCAUUUCAGCUCAAAGAAGCUCUGUGCUAGCUUUAGUGCUGUUUGUUUAAUUACAUUUUUGCCACCUGUGAAUGUUAAUGUAUGUACCUUUUAUUUUCCAAUAUCCCUAAUUAGCUUUCCUAAGAAACAGCCCAGGUUUUUAAUAACACCAAUCCUUGCUCUAAAAUUGCUUGUCUUUUUAAAUCCAGCUUAAACGCCUUCAAACAAGCAAGCUAUUAGGUUGUACAAAUUUGUUUUUGCCAUUUCCAGCAUACAUGUAUAUUAUGUCAGUACAUUCACUUGAUUUUUUUCCCCCUCCCGUGCGCUCAUGUUUUCCUCUGUAAAUUCAAAUACUGAUUAUCCUGUCUAUCAUGCAGGAGGUGUGCUUUGCUAAGGAGGAGUAUCUGUGGCGAUAAAGCUGUCGAUUUGGGACUGUGAUUGCUACCAUUUCUUAACAAGUGGUUCGUUCUCUCAGUCCUCUACUCCUGGGUGAAACCCGAAAGCAGCAGCUCCACUCAAACAACCCAAUCAUCAUCAAAUUUCUCAGUAAAAUAGGUGGAAUUUGGCAAAAUGGUCGACAAUCUCAAACAGUGGCCUGCUGCGUUGUUCUGUCAGCCAAAUGGGACUUUUUAAGAGCUGCCACGUAGUUCACAGAGAUUCACCUGAUGGGAGAAGAAAUCACUAGCACAGGUUCACUCUGGUUCGAUCGAGCAGGGGAAGGGGUGUGGGAGGGAUCGGGGGUACAUUGCUGGAGUAUGUGAUGUGCUUUUUUAUUUUUACCAAAUGAAAGUUUUGUCUCACAGCACGAAUGUUUGUGUAUUUAGGUACGCAAUUCUGGCGUUUUUUCUGUUUCUCCUCUUACACUGUCGGCAGGCCAGAGAGCUCUGAUAGCGGGUUGACGUGCCCUUUUACUUUGUUGAACACUGGAACAAAUGGCCUUUUUCUUUUUCUCUUUUUGUUGUUGAAAAAAAAGGUCACCUCAAACCACUAUCGCCGCCCACAUGGCUCAAUUUAUUUUUUUAAUGUCUGUCUACUGAUCUUGCCAUAUUGACUGUUAGCAAACCUGUGGUGGCCGGUGAAGAUAGAUGAGUGAAAUUGGAGCAUUGUUCUUUUUUUUAUUUUAAUGUUUUAUAUAAAAUAUUGUGGUAUAAAUUGUUUUUUAGAGAGGGGAUUCUUAAUUUUGGAACUACUGAGUUUUUCAUUCCCCCUUUCUUUUCCCCUCGCUCUAAGAGAAGAGAGAUUCCCUUUUCUUUGGAUUUUUUUUUACAAGAAAUUCUCAGUGCUUUACUUCUCUCUCUGUACUGUAUACUGUAUAUUUUGUGGUACACUGUUGUGACCUCUGUGGUGUGUUGAUGUAUCUUUUUUUUUGUUCCAGCUGUGUAGAAUUUAUAAUGAAAAAAAAACAAGAAAACCAAUCACAA